UUAAAUAAAUGUGAUGAUCAAACACUCCAAAAUUUCUCAAGGCAUUUUAGUCAUGUGGCAACACUGUAUUAUCCCUUGCUUCUUCCCGCUCAAUUCUAGCAGAUAUUUUGUACAACAAACUCCAUCUGGAAGAUUAAAGUGUUAAAUCUCACGCAUUUACCGACAAUAUUUAUUUAAAUUUUGUUAAUUUUUUCCCUCUUGUAUAAAACUCACGUCAGACCAAAAUGACUAACACAAAUUCAAGCACAAAUCAACAGAGAAACGUGGAAAAUGCAGGAAAAGCAAAGAACCCGUUGCAGUCUGUGUUGGAUUGCUUUGAAUUCACAGCAAAGAAUGGCACAGAAUAUAAACUUUAUUGCCGCGCCAAAGGUGAUAUGGAUGCAAAAACAUUAAAAUGGGCCUUUAAGCUAGCCGAACGCAAUGUUGGCCCAUUUUAUAAAGCAUUACAAAUGGGCUGGCAACCGAAGGUAAAGCAGAACGACUUGAACAAAAAGUGGGCGCGAUAUUUAGUAGCAACCGAUAAAAGUGGACAACCCGUAGCGUAUACCAUGUUUCGUUUUGAUAUGGAUUAUGGGCACAGUGUGCUUUAUUGCUACGAAAUGCAAAUAGAAGCGGACCACCAACGACAAGGUUUGGGAAAAUUCAUAAUGAACGCAUUGGAACAAUGUGCACGGCACUGGCAUAUGGACAAAGUCGUUUUAACAGUGUUAAAGAAUAAUGACAAUGCCUUGGCAUUCUUUAAAACUAUUGGAUUCAGUUUGGAUGAGACAUCACCUGACAUACUGGAAAAGGCUGAAUAUGAGAUAUUAAGCAAAAAUUUAAUAUAAGUUUACCUAGAUACCGUAGAAAUAUUGACAAAGUUGGCUAGUUUUCUGCAAUUUAAAUAUAUUUUAUUUGAGUAUAUUAAGUAA